AUGGAUCUCCAGUUUAUUAUUUUCAUCAUGAAAGAAGAUCGACGGAACCGAUUUCUUGAGCAAACAGAAGCAAAGUCAUUCGCGUUUUUGGGAAUUGCGGAAAAGUCAAACCGAGAACUGAGUCUUUUGGAUGGAGGAAUCGUUUGGAAGGAUUCAAGAGAAGAAAACGCUUUUUACAAUCUUGAGAAUCUCCAAGAACUGGAUGUUCAAGGAAAUGAAUUGGAAGGGAGCCUUCCUCCAUGUCUCAGCAACUUGUCAUCCCUCCAACUACUUGAUCUCUCCUAUAAUAGACUCAGUGGGCAAAUCUCCUCAUCUCUCAUCUCUAGCCUCACGAUGAUCCGGUUCCUUUCUCUCUCCUCCAACCGCUUUGAGGGGUCUCUCUCAUUUAGCUCAUUUGCUAAUCUUUCCAAGCUCGAGGUUGUGGAACUUUCAGUACUGAAGGCUAACUAUCCCUAUCCUGAGCGCGAGGUUAUAACUUACCCCAAUCAGUUAGAGAUUGAAACUGAAUCCACACCUUGGACUCCUAAAUUCCAGUUGAAAGCCCUCCUCUUAUCAAACUGCAACAUCAACAAGCUCACUGGUACCAUUCCCAGCUUCCUUUCCACCCAAUAUGACUUGAUAGCAUUGGAACUUUCCCACAACAACAUCAAGGGAAAGUUUCCAUCUUGGUUGUUAGAGAAGAAUGAAAGACUACAAAUGCUCGACCUAGGAAGCAACUCCUUAGCUGGCCCAUUCCAUCUGCCACCUCAUUCUAACAACCUCAAUGCAUAUUAUCUGGACGUCUCCAGCAACCACAUCUACGGACAACUUCCUGAAAACAUCGGUUUCUGCCUUCCAAAUUUAUUAUACUUAAACAUGUCUGCAAACGCUCUUCAUGGUACCUUUCCUCUGUCAAUGGGUAACAUGAGAGAAUUGUUUACUUUAGAUUUGUCGAGAAACAAUUUCUCAGAAGAAAUACCAGAGCAGUUGGCCAUGGGUUGCAUCAGAUUAGAAAUUUUGAAGCUAUCAAACAAUAGAUUACAAGGCCUAGUGUUUCCGACUUGUUUGAACUUGACUUGGUUACAGUAUCUGUAUUUGGAUGGCAAUCAAUUCUCCGGGAGGAUCUCAGCUGGUAUAUUCAAAAGCCCUCAUCUACAGUUAUUGGAUGUUGGUAAAAACAACAUAUCAGGUCGUCUUCCUGCACAGAUUGGGAACUUUUCUGAGUUAAUGUGGCUUUCCAUGCCAAAAAAUUAUUUAGAAGGUCCUAUUCCAGCCAAUAUCGGUACAGGCAUGGAGCUGCCUGGAUACCGUAUUAAAGUUGGUGUGCCUUAUAUAAUUGUACGUUUGACAAAAGCUGAGGAAGAGGUGGAGUUCAUAACAAAGAAGAGGUCUGAAACUUACAAGGGUGACGUUCUUUACUUGAUGUCCAGUGUAGAUCUGUCAUGGAACCAAUUGAGCGGGGAGAAUCCUCCUCAACUAACUAAGCUCAACUUCUUAUCUACAUUCAACGUCUCUCACAAUAACCUAUCCGGCAUCUUACCGGACAUGAUGAAGGGGCAGUUUGGCACCUUUGGAGAAACCAGCUACGAAGACAAUCCCCCACUCUGUGGACCACCACUGAAGAGUUGCUUCACUUCUCCGCUACCACCUUCAAUGCCAACAACGUCAGGCGACGAGGAUAAUGGACAUGACAUAAUCUUCUAUGCAUGCUUUCCGGUGUCAUGUACUAUGUCCUUCUUGCUUUUCAUAGCACUUCUCUACAUCAACCGCUAUUGGAGAGGUCUAUACUUCUAUUUCGUUGAUGCAUGUAUCUAUUCAUGCUAUUAUUUUGCUUUAGACAAACUUCGGAAGGUGUGUAACAUUGAAAGUAUGCAAGAUCUCCAUGUCAUCUGGAAGAUCAACAACAUAAGUGUUAUCGUUGAUCUUUUAGAGGAUUGGUACCAGUCCAAUCUUCUUCUUCUUCUUCAACUUAUUGAAGGAUCGACUAGUCCAGGCUGGAAGUGGAAGUAUUGGUUGGGUAGGAUUAAGGCCAUCUGUCUCCAUGGUCAGGUGAAGUUUGAGCACAUCUUCAGAGAAGCUGUCAGGUUGAAUCUUCUACUGCCGAAACUGAUUUCUCCUGAGCAGGGUGCCUUCAUCAAGGACAGACCAAUCGCUGAACACAUCGCGCUGGCGUAG